AUGAGUCCCGCCAAAGUAGCUGCUCCAUCGACGGCGAUCGAUAUUACCCGUUAUGAAAGACUUGCUCGCGAGAAUGACGAUGGGCAUCUAAAUCUGCCAGUUUACGAUGUUACUUCAAGGCUUGAGCGUGGUGGGCCGACGACAAUUACAUGUCCUUUUUCAGGUAUGCGAUUCUCCUCUGAGGUGACGACUUCUUCAUGAAUGCUGACAUAGGAUGUAGGGCCGACUUGGGAGUACGUUUCAACUUUCUUUUAAUCACAUCCUUGUCCUGACAAUAGAGCUCGAACUUGCUAACCCUCAACCUUCGCAUUAAUAGAGGAUAUCCGAUGGGACAAAAUGUUGAAUUAGGUGCCACAAUUGCCGGUAAAUUCGAUCAGAAAGAAUAUAACGCACAAGAACAGUCGAGAUAUCUGAACAACCUUGAAAUUACAUAUGUCGUGGAGCCUUUCGGAGAUCAUGUCAAAGAAGAUGCUGCGCUGAUCGUCAUUAUGGAAGAGGAAUCGGGUAUCAACUAUGAUGCCAGGAUACUGUAAGUAAAUCUUGACCUUACUUGUUUGGAACAGCAAAAGUUCUAAUCAGUGAACAAUAGAUGUAAUCAAUUCGCCGCGGUAAAUAACUUCACCACACCACUUGAUGAAAGAACGAAAGCUAACAAGUUCUCAAGGCAGGAUAUCUCGUCGUCAUGGUUAGUAUCACUCACUAUUCGAGUUGUAGAAAAAGCGAUAGGAAAUUAACAGUCAUUCACAGCCCCAUUACAGAGGCAAACGGGAACCACUGAGGGGAGCAGCAGACGAUGAAAAAGACCUUUUGGUUCCUGACCGUUCGUGAUUUUUCAUUGCCCGUACUCUCCCAUGAUCAUCCCGUUUAACCAUCUGACUUUCACAGCGGACACAAUCCAGAUGGGCAGAUUAGAUGAGAGCGACGCCGUACAAAAGUCUCAAGUUGCUACAGCAGUGCUGUACCUCACCAAUUACCGCAAAAGAACCAGGAUCGGAGGACUCGCAUUUGGCAGCGCAUCAACGCUCCUUGAAUUCAUGGAAGACGCGCCACCAGCGAGGGGCCGAAUUCGGCUGACUCACAUCAAUCCCAAGGAGAACUACGACAGUCUCGUCCACAAUAGCACUAAGAAGAUCAAAGCCGGGUUCGUGUGUCAUAUCCGAAGAGAAGAAGCGAUAUACUUCGACCCCCAGAGAGUCCGGGGUUCAACCCAGACUUAUGGACCUAUAUCGUUGGCUGUGGGUGAGGAGCGCGAGAACCAGAGCAUGAUUGCGUAUGAGACCGAAUAUAACCUCAUUCGGACAUACCUGCGAGCAUCCAAUCAACCUUAUCAGUUUGUGAGAUAUGGCCAGGUUAGUGGGGAUUUUGGAGUGCGUCGGCCUCACUCGGAAAACACGAAGGAAGAGAUCUCUGCGAAGAGGCAGGCUUUUGUUCAGGCUAUUACUUUCAUGGAGGAAUGGUUGUAA